GCUCUUUCUGAUAGUGACGGACCAAUCUGAUCCUGCACUCCUUGAAACUCAAAAAUAAUCCUGGGCAGUCAAGAACUUGUUUAGGAGGAUUAGAGAGUCAGUCUGUAGAAGAAUUGGAAAAUCAUGCAGUCUACGAAUCCGAGAAGGACUUUGGUCGCCUUACAUCACCAGGGCGAGCAAAUUAGCAAGACCCAUGUGACUGCUGUUGGCAUUGACCAUGAUCUUAGCAGGGGUGAAAAGCUUUUGGGGAGUCUUGGAGGGAUAUUUUCAAGGAAGUGGAAGCCAAAAAAGACUCGUCCGAUUUCAGGCCCUGUGACUACAAGAGAUGAACCGGUUCAAAGGAUGGAUAACCACUUUGAGCGACGGGGGAAAUUGGGACUGAGUUCUGCACCAAAGAGGCCAGCGGGCGAACCAACUCCACUCUCUGAACCAACCAAUGCACAACAAAAAGUUGAGGUUGAGAAGGCAAAACAAGAUGAUGCCCUUUCAGAUCUUAGCAAUAUCUUGGGGGAACUCAAGGACAUGGCAAUCGACAUGGGCUCUGAGAUUGAAAGGCAAAGCCAAGCAAUGCAUCAUCUUGAGGACGAUGUUGCAGCGCUCGAUCUCAGAAUAAGAGGUGCCAACAGGCGAGGCCGCAAGUUGCUUGGAAAGUAAAGAGACAUUCUCAGGGUUAGAUAAGUGCUUUAGACCAUAUUUGGAUUUUCUUAUGCUAUGUGUCCUGUAAUGAGAAUGGUUUCUUCAUUCAAUUCAAAAAUCAAAAGGCUCCAAUGUU